AUGUCGACAGCCGCAGCGCCGCCGUCGCAUCUGAACGGUGCCGGCGCAGUGUCUGCAGAGGUGCUUCGAGAGGCCGAGUUCCUCCAGAAGAUUUUGCAGAUACGCGAUGAAGUGCUUGCUAGCAAACACCCGCGUAUUCAUCUGCCACCCAAAGUAAUUGAACAGGUUGCACCGCGUCUUCCGCAGACUGCUUCUAGCAGACCCACGACCAACGGCACAUCCAACGGAUCUUCAUCGCAGCUGUUUCCUCCGCGUCCAGCAUCCUCCACACGGCCUCCCACAUCUCCUAUACCCCCUACACAGCGACCAUACUCGGCCAAGUCUUCCUCUUCGAGCAUCGAUCCCAUCUUGCUCACAAAAUCCGAACACCUGGUCAAGGCAGAGCAGCAGCUGAAGCGGCAACAGAUAGAGCGCGCCCUGAAGGAUCAGUUCGAUAAAAAGGGUCGUGGCAACGAUGCAGACGAGCGAGAAGCUCUCAUCGAUGUCGAGCAGUGUUUGAUCAAGGCUCACCAGCUGGUUCCGCCUGUGUCUGGCUUACCGUCUCCGACUAACAACAGCGAUGACGUUGAGUCAUUUGACGAGAAUUCGUACUACUCUAGCAAGGCGAACAGUUGGUCCUCAGAGGAUGUUGAUCACGCUGACCACGCCCAUGCUGAUGUAGCUCCACUGACUUCACAGGCGCAGCCAGCAGCCCAGCAUGUGAAUGUCCACUCUCGCCCGGCUGAGCCUACUGUGAUCGAUCUCGACGAAGAGGCCUAUGAGCCGGCCGAUGACAUAGAAAUCUAUGAACCCGAGCCUGCACAACUGCAUGAGGAUGGUGAAGAAGAGGAAGACUACUCUCCGCCUCCAGCCGAGAUCGGCCCAAGCGAGCCUCUUAGGGGUCGGCAGCGCAACCGCCAUGGGGGUACGAAUGGAUCACGCCGUCAAAGCCCGAACGGUCCUGCAGCACCAGUUCAAAACCCUCGCAAGCGGAGAAGAGAAGAGAAGCGCGAGCGCGACGAGAAGAAGCGCCAACAACAGCAACAGGCUAGCAAACGUGUGGCCAACUCGCCCGAGCCGUACAUUAAAGAAGAGCCGCAGUCACCUCCUCCUUUCGCUGCAUACGCCGAUUCGCAGCCCAGUAAGCGACGUGCGCUGCAGCCUCAUCCCGAUGAAGUAGAGCUUGUAUCCGCGCAGAACAGUCCCAGGUUGCAACCUGUGUAUUAUCGUGAUCCGGAACCUCUCACACGACCUUACCGCGAGUACGAUGAGCCUUCGUCUCCAACUGUCAUACGCACACCACAACGCAAAUCUCUACGUGAUGAACAAGAUCUCAGGCGGGUCGCAAGUCUUCAAUAUGCACGACGACCUUACUCGCCAGGUGGUGGUGGCAAUGAGUUGUACGCAGCACCCGAGCCUCGCCAGAUUCGCGCAGCAUCUCACGCCUUCGUCGAUCGUACGGAGGCACCGAUGUACCGAGAAGCGUCAGCUCGCCCAUCAGCCGCACCCAGAUACAUACGCGAACGUUCACGAUCACCUAUCCAUGAAUACAUGCCAUCUCAGCAGCUCAUGGCUCCACCGCCACGCCGUAUUGUCGUAGAUCAGUUUGGAAAUAAAUACUACGCAGCACCAGUGGAUGCGCGAGAGUCGAUGGCGCCACCUAGCAGACGAGUAGAGGUUGAGCCAUACUAUGAGCGCGCUGUAACGCGGGAGCCAACAAUGCGUGCACCCGCACGUGCAGAGUUGUAUGAAGAGGACGCUGUUCAAAGGAUGCCUCCACCGCCUCGACGCUACGUUGAAGCAUCAGAGUCUGAGAUGAUUGAGAGUCCGUAUCGGCAACGGGAGCCAUCCCGGCGUCCUGUAGAGGUGGAAUACCGGCCUGCGCCACAAUAUGAAGAGAUGGGCCCGCCACGAGAGUACGCGUCUGCACGAUCGUACAGUAUGCGCCCAGAAGUUGUUCGACGAGAAGUGCCUGAAGGUUAUGUUCGCCAUGAGAGCAUACAGCCAUCUGCGGUUCGCGCCUCACAGCCUCGAUUCCGUGAGGUCAGUGUUAUGCAGGAGCCUUUUGAUGAGCGUCGCUAUGUUGGUGCACCUCAGGGUAGGCGAUAUGUCGAAGAAGGACCUAUCGAAGUGGCCUCAGAUCCGUUUGUGGAGCCGCGUCGCAUGUACACGCGCUACUAG